CUCUAUCACAACGCCAUACACCGCAGUGCAUCCAGAACAAACAGCACCAGAGAAAAGAAAACAAUGAAGGACAAAGAAGAAAGCAUUCACCGAUGCCUCCAUCCCGACGCAAGACCCUCAUCCAGUGUCAUUACGCGAGCCAUCAUCCGCACCCUCCAACUCAUCUUCGCGGUGCUCGUCGCCGCCCUCUACGCGGUCGACCUGGCCCAUGCUACCGAAACGCGAUCUCGCGCCUCCUCGGAAUGGAUCUUCGCUCAAACCGUCGCCUGCCUCUCCGCCGUGACCGCCGUUGUCCAUUGCACGCUGGGGCGGAAGCGGGUGGUCGCGGCCUGGUCCGCUUGGGACUUCGUGCUCUUUGUUCUCUGGCUCGCGCAGACGGGAGUCUUCGGGACGAUUUACAUCUCUGAUGAUGUGGAGCUAUUGUACCGUGAGAGGACGACUUCUUUGCUUCGGAUGAGGGUAGCGGUCUGGAUUGAUCUCGUGAAUAUGGUGCUAUGGUUGGGGACGACGGUCAUGGGGCUGGUUUGGUGUGUUCGGGCGCGGAAGAGUUCUCGCUGUGCAAAGGGAUGUGAUUGUGCGGGGGCAGUCAGGGGUCCAGAGGUGGAGAAUGUGAUGGUUGGCAGUUCGACACGAAAGCAGCAUGAGACGGAGGCGUUGGCGAACUAUGCGGAGGCCGUCGAGCGGUUGGUGGCGGGCGAGGCGGACAGUCCUCCGCCGCCUUACUGUGAGAAAGAGAGGCUCGCCCAGGUUGAGAAAGGGUUGCGGUGA